GGAAACAAUUUUGAAAUUAUUAUCAUAGAUGAUGGGAGCCCGGAUGGCACACAGGAAAUUGCUGAACAAUUGGAAAAGAUAUAUGGAUCAGACAAAAUACUUCUAAGACCCAGAGCAAGGAAGUUGGGCCUCGGCACUGCUUAUAUUCAUGGAAUGAAGCACGCCACUGGGAAUUUUAUUGUUAUUAUGGAUGCUGACCUCUCCCACCAUCCAAAAUUUAUUCCAGAGUUUAUCAGAAAGCAGAAAGAAGGCAAUUUUGACAUUGUAUCUGGAACAAGAUAUAAAGGAAAUGGAGGAGUGUAUGGCUGGGAUUUGAAAAGAAAAUUAAUCAGUCGUGGUGCCAAUUUUAUAACUCAGGUUUUGCUGAGACCAGGUGCAUCAGACUUAACAGGGAGUUUCAGGUUAUACCGAAAAGAAGUCUUACAGAAACUGAUGGAAAAAUGUGUUUCAAAAGGAUACGUCUUCCAGAUGGAGAUGAUUGUUCGGGCUAGACAGUUAGGAUAUACUAUUGGAGAGGUUCCUAUUUCAUUUGUGGACCGUGUCUAUGGAGAAUCUAAACUGGGAGGCAAUGAAAUCGUCUCCUUUUUAAAGGGACUCUUGACCUUGUUUGCUACAACAUGAUAGUUUACUCCUAAAUUAACUUUCUUAGAAAAACAUCUUCUGACAUCUGUGUGGUUUUUGAUAUUAAAUAGCAAGCAGAAGCCUGAUAAUUUGUGUGGUGACCCAAAGAGCUACUGUAAACUAACAAUGAAAUGAACCACCAAUAAUAAACUGAAUAUACUGCAUCCCAGAAUGCUCUUUUCAGAAUAAACAAACUGUAUGUUAAACUAAAAAAUAAUAAAGACUAAUGCUGUCUUCUAUUUUUGUCAGAAUAAUGAAGUCUUAAUAAAGAACACAAAGCUAAAUGAUCUUUGCAUUUUAAAAUGAAUCAUUAUUCAGCAGAAGCUAAAGAU